AUGUCCUCCGAGAACCCGGCGGACAUCAGGAUGCCCGCGACCGAGUCAGAUCCAACUGGAACCUCCAUGUCGGACCUGGACGGCGGUGUUAGGAUCGGCAACACAAGCGUAGUGGAUGACAAGGAGAAUGACCGCGACGAAGACGAGGACCCGCAUCUCCCGUCGCUCGGGGAGUAUCUGAAGAUGACGGAAGAGCAGAAGAAAGGGGUGAUGUUGGAUUGCUACCGUUGGCGGUCUUUGAAGGGUCUGGCUAUCCGCGGCUGUCCCUGA